AUGUCAAUAACAAAUGACCUUCCUAUGCCAACAGAUGAAGAGCUCACAGUACCCCAGGAAAUAACGCUUUCAACUCCUUACUUAAAGGCUGUUGCUCCUUACAUGCAUGUAGCAUGUGAGGACGAAAUCAAGGUGUUUAUGCUUCGAAGGAAGGAACUUGAAGAUCCACGAAAAACACUGAAGGAGGGUGCAGCGGUAACGGCGUGUGGCGUUCGAUUUCUACAGUCUUUGAAGAAAAAUUGUGCGCCGGAAGUUGAACGAUAUGCUGAUUGUAUUGAUAGAAGUAGUUCAAAACUAUUUGUUUCGAAAUGUCGUGAGCCUCAACGUUUUGUUGAUCGAUGUGUAGAAGAGAAGAUGAAUAUUGAAAGGCCAAAAGUUGGUUAUUUUAGUAAGCUUCAUAUCUAUGAUUCACCAGAUCCCCCUCAGCCAGUGCAUAAGGUUCGAGAUUACAAGGCCGAAGCAGCUAAGGUCCUUGCUGAACUACCCGAGAAUGGGGAACUUCGUAAAGAUUAUCGUCGUUUUAAGGAUUGGCGUGCGACAAUUUUUGACUCAUAG